GCCGGUGAUAUAAAUGGAAGACAUAUCGUUCGCCGCAUUUGCAGCUGCAGAAGCGUCCACAUUCGCAGCAACCGCGGCCAGAGAAGCAGCAGCCGCUGCCACUGUAGCAGCCAACGCCGCCACAUUAGCUGAAGCCGCGGACGCGUCGAAAGCGGCCAAUAUAUCGGCCUCGAUAGCGGUAACCGCAGCCGCCACAGCAGCAGCUGCCGCCGAAGCGUUAGCGGAAAUCGUGGCUGAAGCAAUACUGAUUGAAGAAGAGCUGUUGUCCGAUCGCACAGCAGCUGCCGCAUAAUCCAGACCCUUACAUCCGUCUCCUUCGUCUUUCCGUCUAGUGCACCAGUGGCAGAAAGUAGAACGAGGACUACUAUAAAAUCAAACAUGAUUAUCAACACGCCCGUCUAUUCUAUUUUGGAAAAUGUCUCUUUGGAUGAAAACAAUGAGGAAUUUACUACCGCCCCUUCAGUGUAUGAACCAGCUGAAGAUACCUUUCUGAUGUUGGAUGUUUUGGAACUAGAUCUGGAGCAAGUGAUAAAUACCCGAUUGUCAAAAAAUAACACAGUUGUUGGUUCGACUACCAAGUGUGGGCCACUGCUGGUCGUUGAAUUGGGUAGUGGUUUUGGCAUCCUUACUGCCGCUAUAUCAAUGGCUUUAAAUAAUACUCUUUCAUCAAUUGCUGUUGGGUCUCACUGUAUAGCUGUAGACAUGAACCCAAUUGCUUGUCGCAAAACCGUUAUGACAUGCAAACAUAAUGAUGUUGAAGUGGAUGCAAUACGCGGUGAUCUACUCACAUGGAUGCGACAACCUGAAAAAACAAAUGCCAAUAAUGACUCCAACAAAGAAGUGUAUGGUCCUAUUGAUAUACUUUUAUUUAAUCCGCCCUAUGUUCGAGGCCCAGAGGGUGAACAAGCACCAACUCCUAGAAUAGCAAAAAUUGAUACUAAAGAUCAGGUAGCUCAUGAUCGACAACUAGCAAUAAUGGCAGAUGCUGCUUGGCUGGGUGGUGGUCCAGAUGGUGUAGAUGUGCUUAAAAGAGCCCUGCAUCAGGCAGCUGAUCUUCUUUCAGAGUUUGGAGUAUUUUAUGCACUGAUGAUUGAUUACAAUUAUAAUGCGCUGGUGCGAGAUGAGAUGCAAGCCCGGCGUGACCGAGCUGAUCAAAAUAUUUACUAUGAUGACUUAAAUAAUAUAGAGUUGACAACUUUUGGAAGCACCCCUGCUAGCAGACCUUUGAUAUGCACCCGUAUCUUGUCCCGAAACGUUCCUGGUGAACGCUUGGCUGUAUACCGAAUUUAUAGGCCUAUUGAUUUUAAUUGAUUUUUUUAUUCCAAUUUAUGUCAGACAGACUACUAACAUAGUUAUUGAUUUUAUUAACAUUCCUUUAUAUUUAUGUUUCUUUUAUUUUAUUUGGCAUAUUAUUAUAAUUUUAUUUCAUUAUGGGCACUUACUAUGUCCCAUUCAAGUUAUUUCUGUAAUACCAUGUAUUAUACAAGUCAGUUCAAUUAAAUUAUUUUAAUUCAGAGUUUAUUUAAUACUUGCAUAAGUAAAUAUUAUUUUAUACAAUAUUGUAAAAUAAAGUGCAAAAACACAAUAAAACAC